CUCUCCCCAUUUCUCUAUAAAUUGGAUAAAAUCUCAAUCGUACCCCGCCAUUUCUGACUCCGAGAAGAGAGAGGAAGAAGAAAAAUGUAUAAAUCUCGGCUGCAAGAGCUCUGUCAUCAGAAAUCAUGGAGCUUGCCCACAUACGCCACUUCAAAGGAGGGUCCAGAUCACAACCCUUGCUUCAAAGGCACCGUUUCCAUCAACGGCGUCGAUUUCCGGACCAUCGAUUCCGCCAAAUCAUCCAAAGAAGCUCAGAACAUGGCCGCCAAGCUCGCUUUCGAGCAUUUCACCACCGCUGGAAGCUUCGACGUGGCUGCUGCCUUUCUUCCAUUGUCGUUAGCAGGUCCUUCCAAUGGAAUCGGUGAGUUGAAUAAUACACCCAACCCCAAAGCCGCACUAGAGCAGAAAAAUCAAGAAAUGACAACAAAUUCUCAUGCUGACAGAAAUGGUUUGAAUUUCAGGGAGGAUAGAGAACUGACAGAAAUGCAAUACAUUUACAAGAGCCAGCUACAGAAUUUGGCCCAGAAAAGAAACCUGAGUCUACCUGUCUAUUCUAGUCUUCGUGAUGGACAGCCUCAUUGCCUCCGCUUUAAGGCUACCGUUAUGGUAGAUGGACAAACCUUUGAGAGUCCUGAUUUUUUCAGCACACUAAGAGAAGCAGAACAUGCCGCUGCAAAAGUUGCUCUGGCAUCUUUGUCAGCAGGAGAUCAAGAGGAUGAUGCUGGUUUUUGCAAAAACCUUUUGCAGGAAUUAGCUCAGAAAGAAGGCUUUUCACUACCGGUAUAUAAGACCGUUAGAUCCGGUCUACCUCAUUUGCCUACUUUCUUUUCCACUGUUGAAAUAGAAGGAGAGGUUUUCUCUGGAAAAGCAGCAAAAACCAAGAAGCAGGCAGAGAUGAUUGCAGCAAAGGUUGCUUGGUCUUGUCUUAAAGAGCGUGCUUCGAAGAGGAUUCAUGCACACCUUUCUAUAGGUUGUAAAACACAGGAUGCUCCUGGGAGUGCUUCUUCCAUCUUGCAGUCGACUUUCAGUGCUGACUCGCUACAGAACCCUGGGCCCAGAGCUAACUUGCUUCCAACUUGGAGCACUGAAUCUGUGGGUGACAAUGGAGGAAUUACAGAUAGAGAUCAGCAGGACGCUUCAUCCAGUGAGCCCUCAGACAGGGACAAAACCCACAUCUACCAAUGGACUCAGCCUCUUUCAGAACUGCAUAUUGAGGCUAUGCCAAAGUGUAAGGAACCAUCUUCCCCGGCCAAGCCUCUGCUGAAAAGCAGGGAAUCAUCCCCUUCGACGGACACGAUAUACUCGCGCCUCCGAGAUCCUUUCCCUGCAGAACCUCUGCACCUGGAAGAUGGGAUGUCAUCUUCCACACCUUCUGAAUGCUCCGAACCGUCAGUCACGGACCUGACUUCUGUGCCGGCUGUAGGAAGAAGCAGCCCUCUGGUCUUGGGCAGCAGGAUUCGGGUGUACCCACGUGGGACCAACAUGAAGCUACCCGAAGGUGUGAUCCUGCUGCCCAUAAGUGACGACAAGUGGGUCGCAGCCAGGCUGGAGUGCGCCAAAGCUAAGUGACUAAAUGGAUCCUCUCUGUUUACCUGUUAGGGGGAGUAGAAACUGUUUACCUUUACCAAUGAACAAAAACAGAAACAAAAUAGAAAAGAAAAAGAAAAAGAAAAAGAAAAAAGAAAGUAGAAGCCGAUCAUGGUUUACAACUAACAUCUGCAGGCAAUGCUGUGGAAUAUACCGGUUGCUGAUGACAAAAACACAAAAGAUGAUAUUAGCUGUUCUAACCUCUUUUGUUACAUGAAUUUUUGCUGGGGCUGCAUGAGAUAUUAGUGCAUUUCCUCUCAUAUGAAAGUUGCAGUUGUGCAUUUGAAUCUGUGGAAGAAGGUAUUGUGACGUCUGCUUACUCCACGAAAUUGAAAUGAUGUUGUUGA